GAAAAUUGAUGGUAAGAAGCGGGGGAAACAAGGGAGCCCGGACGAUUCUGCAAGAAGAGGAAACAAGAAGUGGAGAUAAGAAGAGUAGAAAAGAAGAGGAAAAAAUGAAGAGGAGAUAGGGAAGUGGGAGAAUGAGAUAAAAAGAGAUGGUACUAGCAGAGGAUACCAGAAACGGGAAGCGGAAAGUCCUGGGAUUGGCUGCAAAGCGUUCAUCGGCCGGACAGAGCGCAUAUGAACCGCCAGAAGAGUCCGAGACUAAAGGCAAACGGCAUAGCCAUCCCAAAGGCCAACCUCAGCGCAAACAAGGCGGGUGUAUCAGUCUCGGGGGCACCGCUUUUUUUCGACGCCUCCUCCGGCUUCUUGCACUUUUCACACGGACACACCCGUCUACCUUCCGGAAUCGGGACGAGCGGAGCCGUGGCCGCCAUUGCCGCACAGCUGGCGAAAAGCACAGUCGAGAGCCGGAAGCCGGCGCCGCCAGACAGGACACAGUCGCCGAUCGCGGCCAUCACGGCGGUGCCGAUGCCGACAAAACGGAGAUUCCAAGGCCACAAUAGAAACGCGUGGAAUGUGAAGGAGCCCGUCAUGAAAAGCAGGAUGAGCCAGAGAUCUAGGUGGGGAGGGAGGGAGGGAAAGACAAACGGUCAGCUUGCGGAAGAGAUACGGCCCGCCGCCGGGUCAAAGGAGACCAGCAGGAGGGAGGGAGGGCAAAACUCACGCCACGGUGGCAGCAACGCGAAUAGCACUCCUGAAACCAGCCCCCAGAUGACCGCGAGGUGGCCCCCGAGCGACCGGCGCGCAGUCAGAGCCAGCGUGGGCUCGGCGGCCGCAGUGGCGGCCGCUUUGACUGCGGCGCGAGUGACGACAACGGCCGGCGUGGGAGCCAUGACGACCUGGACAGUAUUGAGACUGAUCGGGGUCCGGGAACCGAGAUCCUUGGCGGUCGUGUGAGCGAAGGGCCGUAUCCGCUGGGAGAGAAAUGCUUUCUGUUUGUUGGUGGGUAGGUAGGUGUAGGAGUUUGGCACUCCCGUUUGUAGGCUGGAAAUCUUCCUGUGUCAAUAUGUGAUGAACCACGAUCGUUACUUCGGUCUGGGGGUACGUAGAUGGUGGAUGAAGGAGGAAACACCGAAGAAAGUAGGCGCGGGGAGGCAAGGGAUAUACUUCAGGGCCGCAUGCGCAGCCCCAAGCAUGUGAAGG